GAGACCCGCCGCCAACUUCCUCUUUCUGCCCCACUGCCCCCUCCGCUGAACGGCCCGAAAACCCGUGGAAACCGUGCCCCCGUCUCCCCGCCGUCCCGUGCUCCACGCAAUCUUCCCCCUCCCGUUUCCCCCCGUUUUUUUGCCUGUUUUCGGGGCCCCCUUCUGCACCUCCCUCCCCACCCAUGGCCUCUCCUUAUAUCGGCGUGUACAAGGCCGUGUACGACUACACCGCCACCACCGAGGAGGAACUAUCGAUAGCCGCCGGCGACCUCUUGUACCUCUUGCAAAAAUCCGACAUCGACGACUGGUGGACGGCCAAAAAACGGCUCUUGCCCCAGGCGGACCUCGAUGUCGAGGAGCCCACGGGCCUCAUUCCGGCCAAUUACAUCGAGCCGGCGCCGGCGGUCGGCCGCUGCGUGGUUUUGUACGACUACGCCAAGCAGACGGACGAGGAGCUCUCGUUCCUGGAGGGCGACGCGUUCGAUCUCUAUGACUUGGCGGACCCCGACUGGCUCUUGGCCGGCAGCGACGGCGUGUACGGCUUCAUUCCGUCCAACUACGUGCGCAUGGUGGACAAUAGUGCAGCCCCGGCGGCGGCGCCGUUGCAGCCCGCGGCGGCGGCUGUUGCCGGCGAAACCCUGGCCCCUGCGUCCCGUCCGAUUUCUGCGUUUGCCCCUCCGCCAGUGCACAAGGACAGGGUCGCCCAGCAGCAGGCGCUGGCGGCCCAGGAGCUCGAUGUGGAAGGCCACAGCGACGUGGAGCUGCCGCCCCCCGAGCGCCGCCCGCAACGGCCGCAAAGUGGCCAGGCCCAGCCCCAGCAAGCCCAGUCCCAGCAAGCCCAGCAGGCCGAGCCCCAGCAGGACGGCCCGCCCAGUGACGACGAAGGGCCUCCGCCACCCAUGCCGACCCGCCCCGGCGGCGCCCUGCGGACUGAGGUGCCGCAGCGGUCUCCAGAAGCGCUGGCCCCGGUCUUGCCCAACACCGCCAGCGGGCAAUACGAGCCCGAAACCAACGUGGACUCCUCGUCCCAGGAACAGCAUGGCUUUGACGGCGAGUACUUUCGCUGGUACAUUGACGAGGUGGACGGGCGCAAGAAGCGCCCCAUUGUGUUGGCCAUAGGCAACGGCUUGAUCAUCAUCAAGCCCAAGUCCACCAACCCCAAGAAGUUGAAGUUGAAAUCCGCCUCUCUGCUCGACAACAACUGGCGCAUCCGCGACCUCUCCAACUAUAACCACGAGAAGAAACACGUGUUUCUCGACCUCCACAACCCGGACGUGUCCAUUGAGUUGCACGCCGGUUCCAAGGACGUCGCGGAGGCCAUCGUGUCGGUCUUGGGUGAUCUCAAGGGCGCGGAAGCCGCCUCUGGCUUGAAAGAAGUUGCGCGGGCGGCCCUGGCAAAGCACUCGCCCUCCAACAAGCGCGUGGGAAGGCUUCUUUACGACUUCAAGGCGCAAAGCAAGGAUGAGUUGCUGUGCCGCGAGAACGACGAGGUCUUUGUCGUUGACCUGAACAAGUCCGCCGAGUGGUGGCUUUGCGAGCGUGUUGCUGACGGCCGCCAGGGCGUGGUUCCUUCCUCGUACAUUGAGAUCGUGUCCACCACGAACUUAGACAAGCUCACCGAUGGUGUGCAGAAACGCAAGUCCCAGAAGCCGGCCUCCACCGCGUCCUCCAAGGGCAAGGUCGUGGCGCCCAGCGCUAAAUCUCAAAAGCACCUGUACCGUACUCGUGAUGACCGUGAUAAGAUCAGGGAGCGCGACAAAAAGAAGAGAGACAAGUCUGACACCGCUGAGGGCGACAACAUGCCCAACUUCCACAGAGUGAGAACCUGGAUAGACAGCUCCGGCACUUUCAAGGUCGAGGCGGAGUUCUUGGGGUGUGUCGAAGGCAAAGUGCAUUUGCACAAGACAAACGGCGUCAAGAUCGCCGUCUCCGCAACAAAGCUAUCCAUCGAAGACUUGGAGUACGUUGAGAAGGUCACUGGCACCUCCCUUCAGAAGUACAAGGACGAGGUGGCCAAGCAAAUCGCAAAGAGAGACAGCAAAGCUGCCUCCUCCAGCUCUAAGCCUGCCAGCGCAGAGUCAAACGCGCCCGUCGUGACACCUCAAGCCGUGGCCCCACAAGCCACGCCUUCAAAAACCCCCACCAGAUCUGCAACAGCUGUGAUCAACGACGUGCCUCCUGAGAAACCCUCCAGAUCAAAAGCGCCAACAUCUGUUCCUCCAAACGAACCCGACUACGACUGGUUUGACUUCUUUCUUACAUGUGGCGUGGACAUUGGCAACUGUCAGCGAUACUCCAUCAACUUCAGUAAGGAGCAGAUGGAUGAGAGCAUUCUCGAAGAUAUCACCCCUUCGCUCUUGCGGUCCUUGGGUUUGAGAGAGGGGGAUAUCUUGCGAGUCAUGAAGCAUUUGAACAACAAGUUUGAUCGCAAGAAGCUGGCCUCUGAGGAGCCUCCCGCGCAAGGCAGUCUUUUUACUGAAGCAACAGGCGCAUUGAAGAACAAUAGCACUACAGAGUUGUCAAAGGUCAAUGCCAGUGCAUUACCAACCCCCUCUCCCAUUAAGGAAGAUCAUGCCGUCGAGAACAAGAAAGACAUUUCUCAAAGUAAGAUCGAAGAUGACGCUUGGGCAGUCAAGCCUGCUGCUCGCUCCAGUACAGAUGUUUCCAAAGCAGCUCCGCGCCCUCAAUACACUGGCUCUUUGCAAGACCUUGUGGAUGUCAAGCCUUUGGAGAUGAACAAGACCUCUCUGAGUGCCGUGACGAACCCUGCAACUAUGGUGACUGCUACUCCCUCGGCACCCCCUAUGACACCAGUGAAAACCGGUACCAUGAUACAGCCAAACCAGCAGUUUUCUGUGCAAAAGACUGGUUCUGGAAACUCAAACCCUGCAGCAUUGGGUGCUAUGAGAACUGGAGGAUUGAUUCCAGUGCCAACAGGUGGAUUGAUUCCCGUUCAACCAACAGGAUUCAUUCCAAUCUUGGCUCAACCAACUGGUUUCGUUCCAAUUCAAGCAACGGGGGGUCUUGUUGGUCAGCCAACAUUUGGAUUUGUACCUUUGCAGACAGGAAAUUCGACUUUCAUUCCCCAAAAAACAGGACAGCCGCUGGCCCCCGCCCCUGUCACCUCCUUUGGACAAGCCUUUCCUCAGCCAACGGCGUCUUUUGUGCCUCUUCAACCGGGUACUGUGACUCAACCACAAGGAAUGCCUCUGACCACUUUUGGUCAACAGCCAACAGGAGGACAAUAUGCUGGUUCUUCUAAUGGACUUGGUGGUCAAAUUACUGGUCAAGCAUUCCAGAACACUUUUGUUCCCCAAUCAACUUUCGGUCGGCAAAUCACCGGCGGCUUCAUGGGGGCUAAUCAAACAGGUGGUGCACAGGUGGCACCUCUGACAUCUUUUGGGAACCAAACCACGGGGGGACAGAUGCCUCAAACUUUCUUUGGAAGUCAAAUGACUGGCGGAAUGAUGCCGCAAACGUCAUUCGGAAACCAACCAACUGGGGGAAUGAUGCCACUGGCAUCCUUUGGUGCGCAAAUGACUGGAGGCUUCAACCCGUCAAUGCCUCAGUAUACUCAACCCCCACCUAGCGGAGUCAACCAAGCCACGAACAUGUUUCAAAAUACAUCUUUGGGAGGGCCAAUGGGACAACAAUUUGGACAGCAACCCACAGCUUCUUUCGCUCAGCAACCAAUGUUCUCUCAGCAGCCAACUGCCUCCUUUAACCAGCAGCCUCUGUUCGGUCAACAGCCCAUAUUUGGUCAACAGCCCACAGCCUCUUUUGGCCAGGGACCCUCAACAUCAUUUGGUCGACCCCCAAUAGGGACGUUUGGCCAGCAGCCUAAUAACUCAUUUGCUCAACAAUCUUAUGGUCAACAAUCCUUCAAUCAACAGCCUGCGGCUUCUUUUGGGCAAGACACAUUCGAGGGUUUUAAUAACCAGCCAUUGCAAUCUCAACCAACUGGUCUCGGAUUCGGAAAUGCGCCCAAUUUACAGUCUCAAGCAACGGGAAGACGUGCCAAUUUGCAGGCUGCUACAGCUGACAAUCCUUUUGGAUUCUAGUUUGGCAAGAGGAAACAGCUUGAUAAUACUGCAUCCUUCAUGGGUCUACUAACACCAGGCUAAACCAUAUCAAACAGUAGAUAUGAAAAUUGAAACUACCUGAAUCUAUAUCUUCUACAGUACAGCUUUUCGACAUCUACUCAUUCAUGUAAUUUUAGUCGUAAACAAGGAUUAGACUAAGUGGUAAGUGUGGUUCUGCAGACGCGCUCUCCGUUUUUGCAGCCAUAUAAAUCAAUAUAAAAAGGUGAGCAAACCCUAAAUAUCUCUGCACACAUCUUUUU